AUGGCUCCUCUCAAAGUCGUGAUAAUUGGCGGCGGCCUCGCCGGCGCAUGUCUAGCAAAUGGCCUUAUCAACAAAGCCGACGGUCAAAUCGACGUAACCGUCUUCGAACGCGAUGAAGCUGGUUCAGAACGGGGAGGCUACCAAAUCCGGCUUGGGUCUCACGCGCUUAUUGGCUUUAAAGCCUGUUUGACCGAAGAACAAUACAAAAACCUCCUCCUCUGCUUUGGCAAGUCAGGAGGAGUUGUGUCGUCUGCCCCCUGCAUCUUCAGUCCAUCUGACUUGAAGGUCUUGAUUGACUUGAGCAAAGCUCCAAUUUAUGAGAAGAGCGCUCCGAUUGCACGAACGAGACUUCGAAACUUUCUCCAGAAGCCACUACAGGAGAAUGAUUGUAUCCAGUUUGGCAAGAAGUAUGUUAGGUAUGAAGUACUCCAAGCCAAGGUGGCUGGGCAAAGCAGCAUCAGGGUUUACUUCAGUGACGAUACUCAUCACGACUGCGAUGUACUCAUAUCUGCAGAGGGAAGCGGAAGUCGUAUCAACAAGCAGAUUGGACUGAACAACAUCAUCACCGAGGUGACGCCUGGACAUGGUGGCUACUUGGGCAAAUGCCAUUUACCAUGGUCUGUACUACAGACAUUACCGCGACAGCUUUUGGAGAAAGGCACGAUCUAUACCGGAAACUCCAAAGCCAUGGUAUUUGCUGCUGUAUAUCUACCAGAAGCCUUAUCGUCCUCCAAAGCCGAUCACACGGAUAUCCUCAAACCCAAGAACUACGACGAGGAUGAAGCUUCUCUGUUCAUUGGGGUGGCAUGGACGACAGGACCUGAAGCAGCCGAGCUACCCCAAGUCAAAGACAAGAAAGGGUUAAUGAAGAAGAAGCUCACAGAGGCUGGCUUCCAUCCUGACUUUCACAAACUGGUUGACGCUGUCGAUGACGAGGCUAUCAUGACGACACCUUGGCGAUAUGCGAACAACGACACGCCCAUUGACUGGAGACGACAGCUCUUGUCUAAGAGUGAGAGCAAUUCAGACUCAAGCAUUGCCAAUCCGCGAGUUUGGCUGAUCGGAGAUUCCAUACACCCCAUGCUUCCGUCUCGAGGAAUGGGAGCUAAUAACGCGAUUCACGAUACAGCUGAUGCACUUGGUCCAUUACUCGAACUUGCGAAGUUGAAGAAUGCAAAUGGAAGUGUGACUGAUGAGCAAGUUGGUGACCAGUUGGCGGUAUAUGAGAAUGCUAUGAUGCCGAGGGCUUUUGAGUGGGUUAAGAAGAGCAGCAAUCAGCAGUUACCGGACUUGGAUAGUUUGACUGGACGUGGGAUAAUUAUUGGUCUGCGAGUGAUGCUUUUUGUUGUUAGCGGCGUUGUGGGAUGUCUCAGGAUGUUUGGCUGGGAGCCCAAGGACGAUGCUCCUGAGCUUCCUUAA